AUGAUCUUUAAAGUACAGAAAGGGCUCUCAAAUAAUUGUAAUGAGACAUUCGAGCCAAGCUUUGAUGAAAAUUUGCAAGUCAUCCAAAACUAUCCGAAAGGAGUUACUGAUCGUUACUUUCCGAAAAUUGGUGGGAACAAAAGUAAACCGGAUAUGAUGGUGCAAUUUCCGGUGUUUGUUACAGCGAUGGACUACACUUAUUAUCCUUUCUGUCAAGGGAUGUUUUUCUCUUUACACGCUGUACUAAACUCGAAACGAAAUAGAGGUAAAAGUCGAAUCAUCGUGUAUGAUUUAGGUUUAUCGGAAAGGCAGCUUACGGUGUUACGGAAAAAAUGCAGGUGUGAAAUAAGAAGAUUCCCCUUUGAAAUGUUUCCACCACACGUCCGAAAUCUGAAAACGUAUGCAUUCAAACCAUUAAUCAUUCAGAUGACGCUCAUGGAAUUCGGAUUUGUUUGGUGGGCAGACACAUCAGUAAAAAUCGUUAGAUUUAAUCUAGACGACGCCAUUAAUUACGCCAAAAAGAACAGCGUACUUUUCUUCGUUGAAAGAGAUUAUCCAAUAAGAUACAGCAUAGCUCGGCAGACAGACGUUAGAACAUUCAACUAUUUAGAAGAGGGUAUCUGUAAAUUUAGAUCAUUCGGAGAAGUUUGGGCAACAACUGUACUAUUUCACUUUGAUGACAUUACAAAAGCUGUGGUAAACGCGUGGGCAUCAUGCGCUCUAAACGAAGCAUGCAUUGCUCCAGUUGGGAAGGAAAAACUUUCAUGUGACUUGCUUGACAUAAACGAUGGCAGAUGUCAUCGAUUUGACCAAUCAGUGUUAGGAAUUAUCCUCCGUCGCUUAUAUCACGAACAAAAUGAAUAUCCACUGGAUAAAAAGCUGAACAAGAUAUAUUCUGUUGGAAGACGAGAGUUCGUCAACUAUUUUGAACGUUGUCGUUCUGAGUAUGCUUGCUAUUAA